AUAACGCUACAGUUUCGAAUCGACAUUACGUUUGCGUUGAGUUGUUGUGGUUACGCAGAAGCGAGCGGUGUAAAAGUCAAUAUUCUUCAGUUUGAAGCCAAAUUUUGAAGUGAUUGUUAAUAAAUCUAGUGAAGAUGUCUGAAAGUCAUUUCGACGAAUACGAGCACUACAAUUUCGCCUACGACAAACACAUUUUCUGCGGAAACAGCGGUAAACAACGAACAAAGAGAGAAGCCGGAGAGCAUACCAAUCACUUCGAUCCCUCCGGGCAUUCUAGAAAAAUCCUGACCAAGCUCCAGAACACGGAAACGAACAAGAAGAAGCAGCCAGUCGAGUGAUAAAACUGAAAAGUGAGUGGAAAAACGGUUCUACGUUUUUUCUUCAAAGACGAUGCAUGUCUAUGGACUGUGAUUUUUUACGACUUUGAUAUGGAAUUAAUUUUCAAUAACCUCUUCUCAAGGCCUUAUUCUACCAUCGUAGUUCUUCAAUUGAACUCUUGAAGGCCGAAUAAAGAAUUCAUUGGUUCUUUUGUUUCAUUUCGAAUGGUUAUUAUUGCUGUGUUAUCAACUAUAAGUAUCUAGCUAUGUAGUAUAUAUUUAAUUAGUUGUGAGAAAUUGCUCAUAUCAGAAUGUUUCUGUUUGUGAGAAAAUGGUUAACUACUAAUAAAUGUGGUUUUUUA